AUUCCCGACACAAUGUGUGCGACACAUCUUGGCUUUGUGCUUCUGGUUUGGUUUCCUGCAGUGCUACACGCACAAAAGUCAUCCAAACCGUGUCUCGCUCCUGAGCUGAACGGCGGCUAUUUAGUGCCUCAAAAACAAACUUAUCUUCAUGAAGAAGAGGUGACUUACGCCUGCGAUGUGGGAAAGAAACCGGCAGUGGAGGGCUGGUGGGCAACAAGCACAUGUGAAAAUGGCAAAUGGUCUCCUAAACCACAGUGCAUAGAUGAAACAGCCUGCCUUCCACCAACUGUCCCCAAUGGAGAGUACAUAAAAAACUCAAAUGGUUGGUUUCUAGACCGCCGCACCGUUACGGUAAAAUGCCAUGACGGGUAUGAACUCACAGGCGGGUCUGACAGAAGCAGAUGCAUAAAUGGAACAUGGUCCUCUUUGCCUGUCUGUGAAAAAAGUCCCAAUGCAUGUGAUGAGCCUCCUCAGAUCCCCCAUGGAGUCAUCAUUGAACAGGGAUACCGGGAGUUGUAUGGUGCAGAUUCCAAAGUGGUGUAUGAAUGUGAAAGUGGAUAUACAACUGACGGGACAACCAUCCAAACAUCUGCCCUUUGCUCCUCUGGAAACUGGACUGGAAUCCCAUUGUGCGAGUUCUACUGUGCUGUUAAGCACGCUGGUGCCUAUGAUCAGCGACGUAUUGAGGACUUUGUAGAUGAAUAUUUAAAGGAAGGACAGAAGAAGAAUUUCCCUUGUUGGUCGCGAAGCUACUACUCCAUGUUUGAAUGCAAAAAUCAAAGACUAACUAAUACACGCUGUUGUCACGAACAUGACAUUAAUCGGAAUGUGUGCUACUGAAGCAGAGCAGAGGACCUGCUGCCGUUUGGUUCACUCACCACCGACUGACAACAAGCUGGAAACUUUUGAAAUGUUUGAAGCUGAAAACAAUAAAGCAGCAUUAAAAAGAUGA